AUGCAUUGGUGGUUACUUAUAUUUCUGGUGCAGGACCCCACCAAUGGACUCCUCCAGGAGCACGACCUGGUCUUGGGGCAGGAUUAUGAUGGUGUGCAAGAGCCGCUGCGUACUUCCCUGCUGCAAAGCCAUUUCCUGCAGGAGUUCACUCUGCGCCACAAGCACAUCCCCCGGCUGACCCUCUUCACGUGCCAGGACCCACCGCAGAUUCCCCUGGCCAAGCCCCAUGCCGAACUCCUUGGCGGCGCUUUCGCGGCUAAGAAUGCGCAGCUGAUUAAGAACCUCUACCAGAACGAGCUCUUUGUGCGGAUUGUGCAGCUGGAUGAGCUGGCUCAACUGACGCCACAGCCGGGGGGCGGACGGCGUCCGGGCAGCGGGCCAUCGGGAGGAUUCAGCCAGACGCCCAGCCAGGCGCAGAGUCUCGCCGAGUGGUUGGACUCCGUGCUGCAGAUGGAGGCCCUCAGGCAAAUUGUAGUCGUGGAUCUGGCAUGCGGCUCCCUUAGCCGCCGAUUUCUCGAGUUGGCUUCCACCAAGAUGCUCUACAGCGAGAAGUUUCACUGGUUAUUGAUUGAGGAUUUCGCCUGGCAAGGAAGACUUUCGACAGUUGUUGGGGAGGCAAAGCAGGCUACGACCGCAGAGGAGGAGGAAAAACCGGCCGGACAGAACCUACAGACAUCAGAAGAUGAGGAGAUGCCCUCCAUUGAGAGCUUCUUGGGUGGCAUGAACCUGUACAUGAACACCGAACUGACACUGGCCAAGCGAAUGUCAGAGGCAGCCCACUACACAUUGUUCGAUGUGUGGAAUCCCGGACUCAACUAUGGCGGACACGUCAAUCUCACCGAAAUUGGCAGCUUCACGCCAACGAAGGGAAUCCAGCUGCAUGCCUGGUUUCGGACCACGUCCACAGUGCGCCGUCGGAUGGACAUGCAGCAUGCGAGGGUUCGCUGCAUGGUUGUGGUGACCAACAAAAACAUGACGGGCACCCUGAUGUACUAUCUCACGCACACGGUGUCCGGUCACAUCGACACCAUGAAUCGCUUCAACUUCAAUCUGCUGAUGGCAGUCCGCGACAUGUUCAACUGGACGUUCGUCCUUUCGCGUACCACAUCCUGGGGCUAUGUGAAGAACGGGCGGUUCGAUGGUAUGAUUGGAGCUCUCAUUCGCAAUGAAACGGACAUUGGUGGAGCACCGAUAUUCUACUGGCUGGAGCGGCACAAGUGGAUCGAUGUGGCUGGCAGAAGUUGGUCAAGUCGUCCUUGCUUUAUCUUCAGGCAUCCAAGGAGUACACAAAAGGAUCGUAUCGUUUUCCUGCAGCCCUUUACCAACGAUGUUUGGGUUUUGAUUAUGGGUUGUGGCAUUAUCACUGUCCUUAUACUUUGGCUACUCACAACCAUCGAAUGGAAACUGGUGCCACAUGAUGGUUCGGCUUUGAUUAAGCCAAAGGGAGGUGCACCACCGCGGCAUUACCAGCAAGAGCAACAUCAUCAGGAGCCCAUGGAAGUGCGUCCCAUAACUGCAGCCUCGGUGGUUCCUAUUGAGGAGAAAGUGCCCGAAGAGGAUGAGGAUACUACACCUAUAAAUGCUGGAACUCUUUGGCAACGCUGCUAUCUGAAACUCAACAAAUAUCUAAAGGAACGCAAAGCCAAGCAGAAGAAAUCCCCGGAAAGAGUUGGUCUCUUUCUGGAAUCAGUUCUCUUUUUCGUGGGAAUCAUUUGUCAACAGGGUCUCGGGUUUUCCACCAGUUUUGUUUCUGGUCGUUGUAUUGUAAUCACCAGUUUGCUUUUCUCUUUUUGCAUCUAUCAGUUCUAUUCGGCCAGUAUUGUGGGUACUCUGUUGAUGGAGAAACCGAAAACCAUCAAGACUUUGAGUGAUUUGGUGCACAGUACGCUGAAGGUGGGAAUGGAGGAUAUACUCUACAACAGGGAUUACUUUUUGCACACCAAAGACCCCGUAUCCAUGGAAUUGUAUGCCAAAAAGAUUACCAGCUUGCCAACCACCAAAGAAAAUGAAGCCGAUGAAGAUGAGCCUGUGGAUGCGGCACAAUCCUCUACAGAUCCCGCCAAAUCCUAUCGCGAUAUUGUGCACAGCCAUGAGACAGGAGCCCAUGCCAAGGAUAACUCAGCCAGUAAUUGGUUAGAUCCUGAAACGGGUUUACAAAAUCACUUUAUGAAUUUUCCCCUAAAAGGCUUUGCCUUUCAUGUGGAUGUGGCUGCCGCUUACAAGAUUAUAGCAGAAACCUUUAGUGAACAGGACAUUUGUGAUCUCACCGAAGUCAGUAUGUUUCCGCCACAGAAAACUGUAUGCAUUAUGCAAAAGAAUUCGCCGAUGAGAAAGGUUAUCUCCUAUGGAUUGCGUCGUGUAACCGAGACGGGAAUCCUUUCGUACCACUUUAAUGUCUGGCACUCGAGGAAACCUCCUUGUGUGAAGAAAAUUGAGACCUCAGACCUGCAUGUCGAUAUGGACACUGUGAGUUCUGCCCUGUUGAUACUCCUGUUUAGCUAUGGGUUCACAUUCCUGAUACUGGGCGUUGAGAUCCUGUACUCCAAGUGGCAGUAUCGCAUCGUAAUCAGGCUCAAUUGA